GAUAAUGUUUAUAUCGAUGGAUGUUUCUCAAUUCUUCGCAGUCCUCGGAAUCCCAUUCGGGGAAUAAAUUCUCGAGGAACACGGUCUCGUCGUGCGAAUUUUCUCUGCCUCGUAUCUCGUUCCAUCAACGAGCACUUCACCGUCUCAAGCUACACGUGCCUCGACAUCUCGAUCGUAUCUCGAUGGGAAACCUUGAUCCGAUAAAGCUGAGGAGUUCGCCGUGGGAUAAGAGCAUCCAGCAGGAGAACCUCAGGGGCGGAUCAGCACUAGGUCGACCCGCGCACCCUCGAAUAUUCUGGAACCGGGACACACCGCGUAGCGUUGCGUCGCGUCGUCGUCAUCGUGGCCGGCCGGGCCGGGCCGGACGGUGCACCUUCCAUCAAAACAAUUCGAUAUAUCGAUUAACCACCGGCACGGGUGAGUGCCUCUCGGUCGUCGCUGCUUCCUCUCCCGGAACGCCCCGCGCCGUGCGAAAAAUUGCGCCGUUGUUCCGCAGCAGCGUUCAUCUCCUCUGAGAGAGGCUCUCCCGCCUCUUUUCAACGGUUCCCAAAA